AUGUCAACAUAUUUACAACAUAACAGCUUAAGUAGAGCGUCAGUGGCGCAACUGAGUAGAAUAGCGCAAGCAACAUUGGUACUUUGUUGUGGGAGAAACAUUCGGACAGCCCAUCAUCCGGAAUGGUUGCGCAAUGUCGUAGAGAGAUUGGCAACAUUCCCACAAUGUUUCAAGCGAGCACUGGAGGAGUAUGGUGGUCAUCGGUCAGUUUCAAAUCAUAACGUCGAUUUGGCAGGUGGUGAUUGGCAUCAUUGUGAAGUGGCAUGCUUUUCGGAAUUAUCGUUGAUUGAACGGAUUGUGGAGGUUGUGGCACCAUCUGACCAGUGGUCACUGUGUACGGUACUUGGAAUGGUUCCUUAA